CAGGGACCAGACAGACACACCUCGUGUGUCCUCCCACAGCAACUCAAACCUGAACCUGCCUUCAUUACCACACACGGCAGCCUGUCAAACAGCGCGAGGACACGGGUUGAAGCAGUGUAAAUGACAGUCAACAUCCAGAAAAGUGAUUAGUGACGCGCGCGCGCGCACGUGUGUGUGUGUGUGUGUGUGAGAGAGAGCGCAGAGCCAGUGGUGGCGUAUCAUAGGCAGUGACGUUCGCGGGGCAACGGUGGACAGUAGACGGACACAGAGCUCGCCACAAGCCCGGUGAAUAAACGUGGAGCUGUAGCUAUUGACGCCGCUCGUCACACUUUAACCCCGCUGUCGGCUUAAACUGCGCGUGCGUGUCUCUGUGUGUGUGUGUGGGGGGGGAAACACGCUGACAGCCCCGGUUAGCACUUGUUAGAAGCAGCUAACCUUAGCUUAGCUUAGCUGUGGGGCAGCUAAGCCCGGCUAGCCGCGGGACCAGGACCAGGACCAGGACUAGGACUAGGACCAGGACUAGGACUAGUGUCCGCCAUGAGGGUCAAAGUGGGUUUCCUUUUACGGAGUUUGCUCGUCAUUGGGACGUUUCUUGGCUUGGUAGUGCUGUGGUCAUCUCUGACGCCCAAACCCAGCGAUGACAACCCCUUUAACAAACGGGAAGGCAAUCUGCUGCCCAAUGAAGGUCCGUUUAAGCCCGUGGUGCCGUGGCCUCAUGUGGAGGGAGUGGAGGUGGACCUCAACGCCAUCAGACAAAAACACGGAGCUGUUGUUGAUUUCCAGAAACCUGAGCAGGAGCUGAACCAGAAGCAGGUGAUGCAGCAGCAGUACGUGACAUUCAAACCCCAAACGCUGGUCUACGACAGCCCCGUGCUGAGCCGAGGCGUGCUGGGAAACUUUGAGCCAAAGGAACCGGAGCCUCACGGGGUCCUCAAUGGUCCCGGAGAGGAGGCUAAGCCCCUUGUUCUGGGCGCGGAGUACAAAGAUGCAGUUCAAGCCUCCAUCAAAGAGUUUGGCUUCAACAUGGUGGCGAGUGACAUGAUCUCACUGGACAGAAGCAUCAGCGACAUACGCCACGAAGAGUGUAAGUACUGGAAUUACGACGACAGGCUGCUGACCUCCAGCGUGGUGAUCGUGUUCCAUAACGAAGGCUGGUCCACUCUGAUGAGAACGGUCCACAGUGUCAUCAAGAGGACGCCCAGGAGAUACCUGGCUGAGAUCGUCAUGAUCGAUGACUUCAGCAACAAAGUCCAUCUCAAGGAGCGUCUGGAGGAGUACAUCAAGCAGUGGAACGGUCUUGUCAAGCUCUACAGAAAUGAGAAGAGAGAAGGUCUGAUCCAGGCCAGGAGUAUCGGAGCACACAAGGCCAAUAAAGGACAGGUGCUGAUCUACCUGGACGCUCAUUGUGAGGUGGGAGUCAACUGGUACCCUCCACUGGUUGCUCCGAUUUCAAAAGACAGGACAGUGUGUACAGUGCCCCUGAUAGACUAUAUAGAUGGUAAUGAGUACACUAUGGAGCCUCAGCAGGGUGGCGAUGAGGACGGCCUGGCUCGAGGAGCGUGGGACUGGAGUCUGCUCUGGAAGAGAGUCCCACUUAGCCAGAGAGAGAAGGCCGAGCGGAAAUACACCACCGAGCCUUACCGGUCUCCAGCCAUGGCAGGAGGUCUCUUUGCCAUAGAGAGAGACUUCUUCUUUGAGCUGGGUCUGUAUGACCCGGGUCUGCAGAUAUGGGGAGGAGAGAAUUUUGAAAUAUCGUACAAGAUCUGGCAGUGUGGCGGUCAGCUGCUCUUUGUCCCGUGUUCUCGCAUCGGUCACAUCUACAGACUUCACGGAUGGCAGGGGAACCCACCGCCUGCACAUGUGGGAUCUUCACCCACUCUGAAGAACUACGUCCGUGUGGUGGAGGUGUGGUGGGAUGAAUAUAAGGAUUAUUUCUACGCCAGUCGUCCUGAAACUCUCACACUCGCCUACGGAGACAUCAGCGAGCUUAAACGUUUCAGGGAGGAGCAUCGAUGCAAGAGCUUCAAAUGGUUCAUGGAAGAAAUAGCGUACGACAUUCCGACGCACUACCCUCUGCCUCCUAAAAAUGUGGAAUGGGGAGAGAUACGGGGCUUUGAGACCAGUUACUGCAUUGACAGUAUGGGACGCACCAAUGGAGGGAACGUGGAAAUUGGACCGUGCCACAGAAUGGGAGGCAACCAGUUGUUCCGUAUCAAUGAGGCCAACCAGUUGAUGCAGUACGACCAGUGCCUGGCCAGAGCAGAUAAUUCAGCUGUCAUUAUCACACACUGUGAGAGGAACCAGCACAACGAGUGGAAGUACUUCAAGGAUCUUCAUCGGUUCACUCAUGUGCCAACAGGGAAGUGUCUGGACCGCUCUGACCUGCUCCACAAAGUGUUCAUAGCAGACUGUGACAACAGCAAAACCACUCAGAAAUGGGAAAUGAACAACAUCGUGGCUGUAUGAAGAGCGGCACACGGGGGGGGAGGGGGAGGGGAGGAGUGAGCGUCUACACACUGAUUCACACCUGCCAAGAAACACAUCCACACUAUACGUUUACAGACACUGUCCUUCAAUCGAGAAGAUGUUCUUGUUAUGAGCCAAUCACUGUCGGUGCAACCUCUAAAAAUGAAGGAGUCAGCGUGAGUCACAGACACUGAGGCUACGUUCAUACUACUACGUUUUCAUUAUAUAUAUAAAAAACACAUCGGAUGUAAUCUGCGUCCAUAUCAGCACACCUUUUCACUCCUCUGCGGCUGUUUGCUGUUAGAAUAAUGAAAAUGAAGAGACCGAGGGCGAGGUGCAACUUAAAGUCUGAAGUCGAGUUCUUUUCAACCAUGUCUGAUUUCCACCUGCUUUGUCUAAAACUCCAGGUGAGUUCUAGUUGUAGUUGGGACGUUGAAAUGUCCAUGUUGAGGGGGACACCUGGACUCCUCACAAACCCCUGACGUAGGACUCUGAGAUGGCUGCCACUCGUACUUCUGUUUCAGUCGUACACAGAGUAGAGUGUCGUUAUCGAGUGGCAUCGCUAACAACGUACAUAAGUCCAUGGUUUUUUUUUUCCCCCUAAUUUCCCAACUGGAAUGUUGUCACUUAGACAUCCGGUGUAGAUGGAGCGCAGCAUUGUCCCAGGCUUGUUUUCAGGGCUGUAAAACAUGGACGCAUUCGUUAUCCGGAGCAGAAUUUAUGCACUUGUGUUUAAUCACUCAAAACACAACGGAAACAAGGUAGUAUGGAUGUAGCCCGUGUGUUCACGAAUAACAGCUUCAGCCCAAGACUGCUGGCUUCGGCCUCUGUCAAACCUUGAGUUGGUGUACUCAGCUACUGCACAGGCGACAGGAAAAGUGGUGAAUAUGGAGGCUGAAGCUGCUGAGCUGGAAACACGGCGGCCUCCGUCUCUGUCCGGUCUCUCGGGCUCUCAGGUCUUUUCUAAGCAGCUGCGUGGAUUAUCUGAAAUUGAUUGACGUCAGUAAUAAAAGCCUGAUUUAUACUCCGUCGCAUGACAGAAAUGCACCUGUGGAAUUUUCAUGCGACGCCCCACGCCGUCGUAUUUUGUCACAAAGUGUUCUAUUAGUCACCGUAUCGAGGUUUUUGUCUCUUCUGCAUAAAUUUGAUCAACAACAUUAUUAAAAAUCGCACAAAUAUAGACACAAAUCAACAAGCUAACUCAUUGAUAUACCUAUCUGGAUGGGCCUGUCACUACCUGAUCUGUAUUAGAGACUCGAUUUGUUCUAUAUGCAAAGUGCGGCUAGCUCCCAUCACAACCCUCACACCAAUCGUAAACCUGAAACAGCCUUCAUAACAGAAGGACCAACACCAGCGAUGCUAAUUUUCUCUUUGGACUUUGGUGUGGGAGAGUGAGCGGUUUACCAACUUCAGUUUUUGGGAGGAAAAAGGCUCUCUAAUGCUGAAAUACAGCCACAAACGUAUUCCUAACAUAACGUGGACUUAAUCUUGUGUAUAUUUAUUUAGCUAAGUUAUUUUGUUAAGUGGCUAAAGUAUGUUUUUCUUUACGUCCUCACUGAGGGAUAGCAUGUGCGCACUUCGUGAACACUUCUAUUUGUAUACUCGUAUAGAAAGUAGCCACACUUUUGCACAUGCGAUGAACGAAUCGGGGGUUCCGGUACGGAUCGCGUAGCUACUAGGCCUUUGGCACAGCAGCCAUUUUGCUGGGAACAUCACAGAUGUAGAUCGUCACAUGAAUGAUGGCUGGGUUCCAUUUAGCUCGCUCAGUUAGUGACUAAAGCUUACACGAGCGACAUUUAUCAAAGGUGUCAUUCAAUGGAGAAUGAAUCAGGCUUUAAUAUUCAACAGUCUCUAACUCUAAUUACGCUUUUUCAUUCACUCAAAAGAAUCCUGUUUUUUUUUUUACUGGUGAAGGAUGCGGUCACAUGAUAAGCAGCUAACGAAUGAGCGUCAGGUUUUUAGGCUGGACUCAUGUGUUCACACAAACACACACUCACACACAUAGUGUUUACUAGGACUUAACACUCAGGUGAGUGAAAGGAAAACCAGCAGUUGAACCUUUUAAAAGAAAUGUUUUCUAACAAUUGUGAAUGUGUUGGCUUGAGGAUGACAAUCCGGGCCGUCAGAGAUGACAUUAAAGGGAUAGUUUGGUCCCCCCCUCACCACCUCAUAAAGUCUAUGCCCCACUUAUACAAUUC